AUGCGGGCCGGGCCGGGGCAGGGCCGGGGCGGCGCCCGCGGGGCCCACGCGCGCGGGGGGCCGCGAGGGCCGGGCGCGGGGGAGAAACCGGGACGCGGCGCGACCCCCGCGGGCGCGAAUGGUUCGGGCCGCGGCGGCGGUGGGCGGGGCCGGGCGGUGGGCGGAGCCGGGCGGCCCGGCGGUGGGCGGGGCCGGGCGCGGGCACCCGCGGGGGGCAGGGCGCGCGGCGCUCCCGCGGCCGGCGGCUCAGCGCUGCUGGAGGAGGUGUGGCCUGCGGGCCGGGGCCACCUUCUGCAGGAUGGACGCUCCGUGGCAGUGGCGGGACUGCCGCGUGAACGCGACGAUGCUCCUGCGGCUCUCGGCACGAGGGAGCCCCGGAGGCAGGGCCUGGCGGGUGCAGCCCCCCUACUGCUGAUGGAGACCUCGGGCAGCAUGAAGACCCUGGUGGGAUGAAGGCUCUGCACCCACUGCCGCGCCCGGGUAAAGGCCAGAGCAUCCUAUGUGGAUGAGACGCUGUUUGGAAGCCCAGGCAGGUCCCGGCCCACCCCACCAGACUUUGACCCCCCCUGGGUACAAAAAGCCCCUCGAAGUACAGGAGGAAGCCCAGAGGCAGCACCUGGCACCAGUGGGGGCUGUAAACCCCCCUCCUCCAGGGGCAGCACUCCCACCCUCACCCCUAGGAAGAAGAACAAGUACCGGCUCAUCGGCCACACCCCGUCUUACUGCGACGAGUCGCUGUUUGGCUCCCGCGCCGGGGACACCCGCUGCAACACCCCGUGGCUGGCCAAGGGGGACACUGCGAAGCUCCAAACCCUCUGCUGGAUUCCCCCAGCCACGCCCCGGGGCAGCCACGCGCCCCGCCCCAGGGGGACCCCACUGCGCGCCGUUCACCCACCCACUCCGUCCAAGACAGAGCCGAGGGCGUCGGUGGACUCCCGGGGGGUGCUGGCCCCCAGGCUGGCCUCUCCCCAGCCCCCGCGGAGGGCCCGUUCCCACUCUCUCACCCACCUGAAUGUCCCCGGCUCCGGGCAGCCACCCUGGGCGUCCCCCCAAAAUGGGCCUGCAGGUCCCCGGCCUUCCCCACCGGGGGUGACCAUCCGGAGUGCCCUGGUGACUCCCAGGGCUCGCUCAGCCAGCAUCUCAGUGCCCACCACCCCCCGUCGAGGUGGGACCACCCAGAACCCAAAACCUCCUUGGAAAUGAGGUCUGAGUCCUGUUCCCCGGCUACCCGCUGGUUCUUGGGGGCCUCUCUGGAGACGCUCUGGGGGGGGCCAGAUGUCAGGUGGGCUGUGCCCCCUCUUCUGACAAUCUCUCCUUGCAUUUGGGGGCACCCAGACUUGUCUCAGGCACAAGUUGUAUCGGUGCCAGCCAAGGGGCACGCCUCAGGGACACAACCCUCUCCAUUCCAUGGCUGUGGCCAGGGGUGGACGAGUGGCCAGGGGCCGAGGGACGCCCCAGAAAGCCCCAGGCUCUUCCCUGCAGGCCCCACUUCCGGCCCAGGAGGCAUUUCCUGCUGAUCCAUGCGUAUUUCUCUUCAGGUAUUAAAUAUGUCCAGGGGCCGGAGCGAUAGCACAGUGGGUAGAGCGUUUGCCUUGCACGCGGCCCACCUGGUUUUGAUCCCCGGCAUCCCAUAUGAUCCCCCAAGCACCGGCAGGAAUAAUUCCUGAGUAUUCCAGGAAUACCCAAGUGUCACCGGGUGUGACCCAAAAAAACAAAUAAAAAUAAAUAUAUCCACAGCA